AUGAGCAAUCUGUUCACUCGGGACUUGAAGACACCCAAGUCAUAUUUGACGGGAAACAGCCUCUGGCAAGGAAUUCCAUUCCUUAGUGGUUCGUAUGAGCCAUUUAAACCGCGAUCUGCAACAUUUUUUUUAUAGGAGAAAUAGGCGGAUAACGAGCAGACGGAUCACCUGAUGGUAAGCAAUCGGCGUCGCCCAUGGACACUCGAAACAUCAGAGGUGCUACAAGUGCGUUACCGGCCUUUUGGGGAUUAGGAAUGAGUGAGUGAGGUUACCGGAGGCCAAAUUACUCCAAUUGACGUAACACAACGCUAGGUUGUUUCACGUCGCUUUUCUGCUCGGCCGUGGUAAUACUCCGGUCGAGCCGGCCCAUUCGUGUCAAAGUAUGGCGCUCCCACAC